UUAUAUUUCUUUUAUUCGUCUGCCCUUUUCUCUUUCUUCGCCUUUCUUUCGGUGCAGACUUUCUCCUCACAGCGUCCCAAUUCAGCUACUUUACAAUGACUCGGGGAAAUCAGAGGGAAAAAGAUCGGGAAAGAGCUCAAGCUCGGACUGGUAAAGGCAAGAAGGGAAAAGAUGAUGGCUUGACUCCUGAGCAGCGCCGCGAAAGGGAUGCAAAAGCUCUGCAAGAGAAGACUGCAAAGAAGGCCGCAAAAGAUGCGGGAGGUAGCAGUGCUGGAACUAAUGACACCAAGAAGUAGAAAGCUGCAGUUUGCUCAAUGUGGUUUGUUAGAUUUCUGGAGAUUUAUAGAUUCGAUUAUUUCUUAAUCCCGACGUUUCGUGUGUUCAAUGUAUCAUCAGUUCUAUGUUGUGUUGCAGUAUGACAUUGAGUUGAAUCUUAGUAUGUUGUACACUUGAAAUAUAAAAGGCUUUUCCUUUCCUGAUA